AUGUCAUUGUUCAUGGAUGCCGUUGAUUGUGCAUUCAUCAAAAGCCUAUUCCCCAAAUAUUUACUAGAGCAGCCGAUAGCGCAUGACCUGUGGAACUUGUAUUUCAGCAACCGCAAGCUCUUCCACAAGCUAAGAUCGAAAGGCGAUUCAAUUUGUAACGUUGUUGAAACAAGAUUCAAGCCAAAUCAGAAGCUUAGUUAUGAGACCAGGAAAGAUAUCUGGGAAAGAUUGGUAACUUUAGGCGUUGUGGGGACGGUACCAUUUGAAUCUGCAAGCGACGAAUAUCUGAUUCAAGUUUACCAAUACUUUUUCCCUAACAUUGAUGCUAGUGGGGCUCAUCGAGUCCUAGAUCCAGAGAGUGCCGGUUCUAAUAUGGAUAAUGAUACUUCCGAUAUGCUGAAACCAGUAGAUCCUAUAUUAACUGGCAGACGCUCUGAUGACGAAGAUGACAACGAAAUGCAGGAAGACGAAGAUGACGACGAUAAUGACGGUGAAGACGAUGAUGAGGACGAUGGAGAUGAUGAGGACGUUUUUCACAGCGACAACGAACGUCAAUCUGACGCAGCUGGCCCCCAACAUGGGAAUUCAGAGUCACCACAUUCUGAAGAGUUAGAGUUUUUCCCUACAGUUUCUGAAAGCAUGCAUAGCAGUGAAUCCAAGGGGAAUCCAAUAUCUCCUGAGAUAUACAAAUAUUUGAACUAUCCGCUCCCUUACGCGUGGCUGUCCCAGCCCACAAACAGUGUUUUACUCUCUUCCGAUGGCUCUUCGCAGCUCAAGCCUAAUCCCAACUGGCACAAUUUUGCGGGCUACGACAGGGCAGGUUCGGCAAUAGGUGGUAGUUUGAGAACUAAUUUUACUUACCAAAAAUAUGAAUAUGCGACAACCUGGUCCAAUAACUCUAUCGCGCACCAAAAAGUUGCAAUUUUCUACUAUGAGAUCAAAGUAUUAUCUGUGACGAGCUCUCAGUCAGGACACAAUUCUAAUAUCAUAGUAGGCUUCAAAGAAAAUGCAAAACUACAGAACGUAUCGGCGUCCCCUUCCAGAUCAGAACUUCAAAAUGAAGCUGCUUCCAUCAAUCGACAAUCGACCAGUAUCCUCAGAUCCACUCUCGAAUCUACCAGUUCCGGUAGCCAUGGUGGAGGAAGUACGCAGGGUGGUAAAGGAAGUGGCUUUGACAAAGGAAGUUAUGGAUAUUGCGGAACAGAUGGCUACAUAACUGACGGGGUACAAUAUAAAUCAUUUGGUAAACCUUUCGGACGAGACGACGUCAUUGGAUGUGGUGUAAAUUACGUUGAUGGGACGAUUUUCUUCACAAAAAAUGGUGUCAACCUUGGGACUGCCUUUACCGACGUGAAUGAUAUCGACUUCGUGCCUUAUAUUGCUCUCAGACCGGGAAACUCAGUCAAGACAAAUUUCGGUAUUUACGAAGAGUUUCUAUUUGAUUUGAUGAGUUAUCAAAACAUGUACAAAGUCAAGGCUUAUCAACACAUUUUUCAGAAUUUUGGUGGAGGCGGUGGUAGCGACGAUUUCGACGUUAAUGAAAUAGAGGAUGACAGUGAAGAGUCUCCUGUCAAUGACCAAGAAGACCACGACAUGCUAACAGAUGGAUUUCUAUUGCCUGCAGACAGAAGGUUUAGUGGUGACAAGCUCUGUAAGCCAGAAAUCGAGAAGCUUAACAGUUUGAGUUCGACGGACGAUUCGAUCUCCUGUGCUAUGAACACCAUGAUAAACGAAUUUUUAAUUCAUGAGGGCCUUAUCGAUGUUGCAAAGGGAUUUCUGGUGGACCUCCGGAAGGACUGCAUACCGGACAGCGACGAGGAACGCGCCAGGCUGGUUAUAAGGCAUAACGAAAAACAGAUAAUGACGGAGGAGAAAAACCUUCGUAUAAGGCAGGACAUUCGGAGGCUGAUUAGUGCUGGAAGCAUUGAAAAGUGUUUGAAAUACAUAGAGGGACAAUUUCCGGGUCUGUUAGAUGACAAUGUGGAUCUUUUGUUUGAGUUACGAAUUGCAGAAUAUCUGAUUGCAAUCGUGAACCUGGAGAAACAUUCGAUUGAAUUUAUUUUACAGAUGGGCAAAGAAAUCUCUCAAGAAUUUGUUCAUGACAAUGGCAUUCCAGCAGACCUCAGGGAAAGUUUCCAAUCACAUCUUAGUGAGAUAUCUCUGUUGCUUGCUUACGAUAAUCCACUCGAAGAAUGCAGUGAGGACCUGGCCGUUUUUUUGACUCCGAGUUAUCUGCAAGACCGGCUCUUUCAAUUGGUUAACUCCCGCGUGCUGACGUUUUUAAAGAAGAAAAGCGAAAGUUCUCUGGAAAACAUGGUAAGUUAUACAAGAGCCAUGGUCAAAGUUCUGUCAGAAUUUGGUGACGUCAACGAGGCUAUUUUUGACGAUACCGAUGUUAGACACUACAAGCUCGUGAACAUAGACGAAGAUUUGUUGAAUCUAUAG